AGGAGCUGAGCAUGGAGAGCAGGGAGGACAAAUCCCUGUGUCAGAACCUGGUGGAAGAGGCCGUUUUGAGCGGCUCCACGGCGCAGGAACCCAACGGGGAGGAAAAGCCCCGGAGAUCCCGCACGAGGAGGGGCUGCAAACGCAGAUGGCAGGGAUCUGAGGGGGAAAGAGCCAGCCUGGGCCGGGAAGGCGGCCAGAGAUGGAGCCAGAGCUCGGAGCUGGUGCUGCAUGAGCAGCUCCAUGAUGGGGAGAAGCCCCACACGUGUGAGGAGUGUGGGAAGAGCUUCAGGUGGAACUCUGAGCUGAUCAGGCACCAGAGGACCCACACUGGGGAACGGCCCUACGAGUGUGAUCAAUGCAAGAAGAGGUUUCCGACCAGCUCCAAUCUCCUCCAGCACCAGCGCACUCACACAGAGGAGAGGCCCUUCCGCUGCCCCGACUGCGGGCAGGGCUUCAGGCAGAAUGUUCAUCUUGUCAUGCACCGACGCAUCCAUACUGGGGAGAGGCCCCACGAGUGUGGGGAAUGUGGGAAGAGCUUCAGGCACAGCUCCAACCUGAUCAGGCACCAGAGAACCCACACCGGGGAGAGGCCCUACGAGUGUUCUAAGUGUGGGAAGAGGUUUCAGAGCAACUCCCUUCUUCUCCAGCACUAUCAGAUUCACAGAGAGGAGAGGCCCUUCCAAUGCCCUGAUUGCGGGAAGGGAUUCAAGCACAACUCCACCCUCAUCACCCACCGGCGCAUCCACACUGGGGAGAGGCCCUACGAGUGUCCCCAGUGUGGGAAGAGCUUCUCCAGGAGCUCUAACCUUACCCGACACCAACGGAGGCACCGGUGAGGGAAGCCCUGCAAGUGCCCCGAGUGCGGGAAGAGCUUCGUGUGCUGCUCCAGCUCCAUCCCCCACUGGAGGAGCCACAUUGGGCAGAGCCUUGGUCACCCACAUUCCUGUGAUCCAUGUUGGGAACACACCUGGCUGCUUCUCCUUUUGGUCUGGCAUUAAUUUUCUUGUGCCUCAUCUUCAUCCCUUAAAAACACCAUAAACAUGGUUAAAUAAAUGAAAUUGAUCAAAGAUA